AUGCAAGUCUCCACUGCCAACGACGUGAAGAUUUAUAAUCUCAGCUACGGGAAAUCGAUACCAGAAUGGCUUACUUCAAAGCAACGAAGGGAACUGACGAAAAAGAAUUUGGAUGUGCGGCGGCGGAUACAAUUGAUUCAAAACUUCGAGAUGCCUGACGUUGCAAAUUGUAUGUCGAUAAGCAAGGAUGGACGUCACGUUUUUGCUGCGGGUUGUUAUAAGCCCUUUCUCAAAUGCUUUGAUGUCGAGCAGAUGUCUGAAAAGUUUACUCGAGGAAUUGAUGAGGAAGUGAUAAAAAUCCUGAAUCUAACAGAUGAUUUUCAAAAGUUUGUUCUACUCGAACAGCAGCGAUGGGUUGAGCUUCAUUAUUCGCGAGGGAGAUAUUUUCGACUGCGAAUACCAAAGUUUGGACGAGACAUGGACUUGAUCACAGAACGAAGUGAACUCGUUAUAUCAACCAGCGGAGAUGAGAUAUACCGAUUGAAUCUGGAGCAAGGCGAAUUUUUGGAGCCAUAUCGUACUGUUGAGUGUUGGGAUCAUCGUGAUAAAUCGCGAGUUGGACUUCUUGAUGUCGCGUCUAGUAUUUCGGAUUAUACCAAUGUAAUUGCCGCUGUAACGGCGCUAAAAUUCUGCGAUCCUCUACAUUUUGGCGUAGGCACUUCAAGUGGACAUGUAGUUCUCUAUGAUAUUCGUGCAUCAAAACCGCUGCUCGUGAAAGAUAUGCAAAAUGAUCUACCGAUAAGGCGAAUUGAAUUUGUGCGCAAGGAAGACGAUAAUAUUGUACUGUCAAUGGAUAACCGUGCUAUCAAAAUUUGGAACGAGCGAAAUGGGCGACCGAUUACUGCAAUUGAGCCGGAACCCUCUUUGAAUGAUUUUGUGCUUUAUCCGAACUCGGGAAUGCUAUUUAUUGCCGCAGAGGCUCCUCGGAUGCUUCAAUACUUUUGCCCUAUUCUUGGCCCAGCUCCAAAAUGGUGCUCAUUUUUGGAAGCGAUCACCGAAGAAUUAGAAGAAAGUGACAAGCCAGCCGUUUAUGAUGACUACAAAUUCGUUACCGAAGCUCAACUGGAUGAUCUUGGUUUGAAACAUUUGAUUGGUACUCAAUUGUUGAGAGCCUACAUGCACGGAUUUUUCAUUGACAUUCGGUUAUACAACAAGGCCAAGCUGAAGACACAACCAUUUGCCUAUGAGAACUACAAGAAGAGAAAGAUCCGGGAAGCGAUGGAAGAUGAACGGGAAGAGGCAGCGAUUGGUGUUAAAUUGAAGAAAGAAUCGGAAGUUAAAGUGAAUCGAGAGCUUGCUAAAAAACUUGAACUUGACGCCUCAAUCGCAAAUAAAAAGAAGAAGUUCGCAAAAGAAAAGGCAAAUGCGGCAGCUUCUUUGCUACAAGAUCCUCGGUUCGCUAAACUUUUCGAAGAUGAGGAGUUCGAGGUGGAUGAAACCAGUGAAAUUUUCACAAGCCUGCAAUCCAGACUGGAGAAGUCGCAGAAAAAGAAGAAAAGACCCGAUGAAGAUGAUGAUGAUGAUGAGAAUGAUGGCGAUGAUGAUAGAAAUUCGGAGAGCGAUGAAGGGCAUCCACAAACGGAAUUUUUCGAUCAACUUGAGGAGGAAGAAAAAGUUCGAAAUAAUGGCGAUGUUUCAAGUGACGAACAUAAUAUGGAAACGGAUAGUGACGAAGGCGAUCUCGAAAAUAGCAAUGAAGCAGAAAUGAAACGCAUUGAGAAGAAAAAAGAGAGGACGAAACGAAAGAAUGAGCUGCAGACACAAAGAUUGGAACGCAUAGCUGCUGAACAAGAAACUAAAGAAAAGUCUCGUCCUACCAAGUUUAAACUGUAUGAACUUGAGAGUGGUGAAGGCACAAAACGAUUCACUGAAGCUGAUACUGCUGAAAUUUCACAGACGGCACCACUUGCUACACGACGCUCUAAAUUGGAAAAAGCAGGACGAAUGUUGAAGGUGGAGGAGACGCCAUUUGGAGGAAAGAGUGUCACUUUCACUAUGAGUGAUGACAAACAAGAGAAAGUGAGUGAACGUCAACAACAGAAAAUAGCAGAACAUCAACUGGAGCGGAAAGAGGUACGAAGGGCUGCAUCAAAACUCUCGCGUUCUCUCGACCGAAAGCGAGCACAACGGGGACGAAGACAU